UUGUGCCGAGAAAUGACCGCAGAUCUCGAGAUCCUCGAAGAAAUGCUAGCGAGGCACAUCAGGAAGCAGCUCGCUGCUAUCGUUACGAAGAUCCAGUGGAGCUAUGCGUUCUUUUGGUCUACUUCCACCACGCAACCCGGCGUCUUGGAAUGGUGCGGUGGAUUUUACAAUGGUCAAAUAAAAACAAGGAAGAUGAUUCAACCAAUAGAACUUGAAGCUGACCAAAUGAGCCUUCAGAGGAGCGAGCAACUGAGGGAAUUGUAUGAAUCACUUUCAUCGGGUGAUAGCAAUCAGCAGAUGAGAAGGGCUUGUGCUGCAUUGUAUCCAGAGGAUUUGACUGAUGCAGAAUGGUACUACUUGACUUGCAUGUCCUUCGUAUUCAAUAUAGGACAAGGAUUGCCGGGUAAAGCAUUUGCGGACAAUCAACACAUCUGGUUGAACGGUGCUCAAUUUGCAAAUUGCAAGAUGUUUUCACGCUCUCUUUUAGCAAAGAGUGCAUCUAUUCAGACUGUGGUGUGCAUCCCUAUCAUGGAUGGUGUGCUAGAGCUCGGAACAAAUGAUCUAAUUUUGGAGGAUCCUGCCAUCAUAGAGAAGAUCACAAGUUCUCCCUGGGAGCUACCAAAUCCGAUUUGCUCUGAGCAAUCUAUAUCCGGUCGUCGAAUGGCUGAGAACGACGAAGAUCAUUUAUGCCCUAAUCUUGAUAAUAACAUAGAUGACUGUAUCGACUUGGAGGACCAGAAUCUGAUCGUUGAUCCUCAAACCCAAUUGGGCAAUGGUCCACAACACAUUCCAUUUCAUUUGUAUGCCCCUAUCGAACAAACAGAACCAGUCCGAUGCAGGGUCGAGGAGCUACAUACAAGCAUACGUGAAGAACUAAUUGUAGGUUCUUCAGAUGGCAGUUUAAGUCAUGUCUUAUCAGAGAGGAGGAGAAGAGAGAAGUUGAAGGAGAAAUUUCUUGUUUUGAGAUCACUUAUUCCGUCUAUCAGCAAGGUCGACAAGGCAUCCGUCCUUGGUAACACCAUAGAUUAUCUGAAAGAUCUUGAGAGAAGAGUGCUGGAGUUGGAAUCCAGCCAGGAGCCAGCGGAGCUUGAGAUUGCGGAGAGCAGGAAGCAUCCUGAUGUAGCAAAGCGAUCAUCUGAAAAUUACAGAAAUAAAGAGAUCGUAAAUGGCGAGAAUUCUUUAGCAAAGAAGCGGAAAGUAUCUGACGUCGAUAGAUCAAAUGCCGAGCACCUCUGGAUCUUGACCAAGGAUAGACCAAUCGAGGUAAACGUCACCUUGAAGGACAAAGAGGUUUUGGUAGAGAUGCACUGUCCAUGGAGGGAAAGCUUGGUGUUCGAGAUAGUGGAAUCCAUAAGCAACCUCCAUUUGGAUCUGCUCUCGGUGCAAUCUUCCACUGUCGAUGGCAUGCUUUCCCUGGCAAUAAAAUCCAAGUUUAGAAGCACCAGUGUUGCCUCCCCAGGAAUGAUAAAGCAAUCACUUCAAAGAGUGAUGGGAUUAUUAUAG